AUGUCGAAGUGGCUGCUCGUGAAAUUUUUGCUGACUUUACCAAUGAUAUGUUUCUGCCAUGUUACAUUUACCAACCUUAACUGCAGUUCAUAUAACCUGGACUUUAUGUCCUUUCCCACGUGUCGCAUCAAGGCGGUUAACCGAACCCAUAAGUACAUAAGUAUCUACGCGAAACUGAAUCAGGUACCGAUUGUUGAUGCGAGGGUGACUAUUCAAUUCAGACGGUUUGAUAGUGGCUACAAGCCAUUCUUAUACGAUCUAUCCUACGAUGGCUGCAAAUUCAUGAAAACCCAGAAAAAUGUAUUAGUUAAAACUUUUUAUAGAACCUUCCAACGUAACACCAAUAUAAAUCACACUUGCCCCUAUGAUCACGAUCUUAUCGUGGAUAAACUCUUUACUGGAAAUCUCGAGGAGGAAUUCGGACGAUUUAUAAUAAUACCAAACGGAGAUUAUGCCAUAUACACCGAUUGGGCCACAAAUAAAAUAUCACGAGCAUCAGUUAAAAUUUAUUUGAAGAUAUUGAACAGGUAA